AUGGGGGAGGCUAGUGGAGCUGGGGGGCGGUCGGCGGGGGUCCUGCUGCCCACCCCGGCCCCCGAGGUGCUGGAGAGGGUGCUGAGCCAACGCUACGGCCCCCUGCCCCGCGCUGCCGCCAUCGCCCGCCUGCGUAAGCAACCGGCCGGGGGCUACCAGCCGGCCGGCGACCUGGCGGAGGUGCUGGAGCGACGGCAGGCGGCCAACGCCAAGGAGCGUGAGAGGAUUAAAAACCUGAACAGCGGCUUCUCGAAGCUGAAGACCAUCGUGCCCCUCAUCCCCCGCGACCGCAAGCCCAGCAAAGUCGACACCCUGAAAGCGGCCGCCGAGUACAUCCGCCUGCUGCGCCUGGUCCUGGAAGAAACGGGGGGCUUCGAGCGGCAGGACACCGAUGCUGAGCAGGAGCUGGGUGACAGCGGGCGGGUGCCCCUGGGGGGGGCCCCCGGGACCUGGCCUGCCAGUGCCCCCCCUGCCCAUGGGGUCCCCCCGUUCUGUCCCCCUGCCCGGGGCUGCCUCAGGAGAGCGGGGGGCCGGUUUUUCCAGCCAAUCCCUGAAAAAACAGGGUGUCCUGCGGAGACCCACGAGGGACCCGGUGUGACGGCCCAGUUCCAUGCUCCAGCACCCAUUUUUGGGGCUGUGGCUCCCAUCCCAGGGCCGGAUCCAGCCCUGCAUCCCAUUAAACCCAGCAGCACCUCAACCUGCCCUGUCCCCAAAAUGGGGGGGGGGGGUGUCCAUCACCCCUAA